AUGGCGGAAUACCACGCUGCAGCGUGGGCAAUCGAUGGUUGCGCUGUAUACGUGAGUGACAAACCUGAAAACCAUGACUUCGAUCUGCUGAGGAAGCUUGUGUUUCCUGAUGGAUCAAUCCUGCGAGCCAAACUGCCCGGGAGACAAACUGCACUACCAUUGUCGCGGAAAUUCCGUGUGAUGGAAGCUUCUAGAGCCUGCUGGUACUUCCUAGCCAGAAGCCCCACGAGCUCGACGUCCAGCCCUACAACCACCACCCCACGCACAAGUAGGUGCUUUGCUCUUGCUCACGUGUAG